AUGCCUUUUGAGCCUACCUCGUCCAUUUGGGAAGCAAUUCUUUCCGGUUGCCGGACUAGUGGAGAUAUGGAACUUGGUGCUCAUGCUGCAGACCAGCUCUUUAAGAUGACACCACAGCAUGAUGGUACAUAUAUCCUUUUGUCUAACACUUACUCAGCUGCAGGAUGUUGGGUAGAUGCUGCCAGAGUAAGGAAGCUAAUGUGUGAUCGAGGGGUUAAGAAGGAACCUGGGUGCAGCUGGAUAGAAGCUGGAAACAAAGUUCAUGUGUUUCUCGUUGGUGAUACAAAACAUCCAGAAGCACAUGAAGUUUACAAAUUCCUUGAAAUGGUUGGUGCCAAGAUGAGAAAGCUCGGAUAUGUUCCUGAUACAAAGGUUGUAUGGCAUGACAUGGAGCCUCAUCAGAAGGAACAUAUAUUAUUUGAUAGUGAGAGACUGGCGGUUGGUUUUGGACUCCUAAAGUUGCCUCCUGGAGCUACGGUUACAGUUCUUAAGAACUUGAGAAUAUGUGAUGAUUGUCAUGCUGCAAUAAUGUUCAUGUCAAAAGCAGUCGGAAGGGAGAUUGUUGUUAGGGACGUUAGAUCCAUAAUGUCAUGGAAUGAUCUACUGAAUGCCACAAUGAUGAACCAUGGAAUUACAUCGUCAGCACAGAUAGAUGACAGAAAAUGCACGAGGGGCAGGGACCAAAUCACAACAGCUCUCUGA